CCCUUACCUCCCUUUGGCAAAAUAGAAAAGCCAAUGGAAAGGCAGCCCAGGUGAGACGGAGCCCCGCCCCCUCACCUGGCACAGUGCAGAAUAGAAGGAUCACAGAGGCGUUGUGCAGGGAGCGCAUCUCAGCAGACACUUUCCCUCGCCUGGGAGUUCUCCCUUUAUUUCUGAAUAAAGGCAGCUACUAGGGUGAACCAUUGCUGGGAUUCUGCCAGGAUCAUUUCUCCUUGAGCAGAAAGGGACGAGGAGUUGGCUUCCGCAUGUGUCCAAAACUCUGUAAUCUCUUAGUCCUGCAGCUGCCUUCCUAAAUCCUCAGCCCAGUGUACAAAUAGGAAAAACACAGGACUUUCUGGGCUUUCUGAGCAUCUCCGGGAUCUUUCAAUUCACACCAUUGGACACUAGCCUGGCCUGUCAGCAUUGUAUUUAGGGCAUCAUCAUCCUCCCCAUCCCGACAGCCUCAGUAGAAAUCCGCAAGUCUUCUUCUUAUGCUCCACACACACACCCCCCCAGGCUCGCCUGCUGCACAAUCUGUCAGAGCCCUAACAUUUCCUCUCUUUUCUCUGUGCUGGUAAAGGGCUUUUCCAAUCGCUGCUGGAAGAAGAGAGGGGACACUGUGCUUGAGAACCAACUCAAAGAAAAGGGGGGCCGAGGAGAGAACAGCCCCUCCUCUCAAGAUCUGAGGAAUAGCAUCCUGUGUGUGCCAGACCCUGCAGGCUGAAGUCAUGAUUUUGGGGACUAUUAACAGAGGUGGAAGCCUGCCUGCCCUGCUUCGUCCUCCACCAGCCAUGAUUCAGCGCCAUCUAGAUAUGAAGCCUUUUCUCUCUUUUCCUGUGGAACCACAGCCAGCCUUGGGACUCUUCCCUAGGUUCAGCACGAUGGACCCCAUCCACAAACCUAUGAUGAGCCCUAACUUUGGAGUUCCACUUAUCAAGACAAAACGACCGGUCAUUUCCUGCAACGUGUGUCAGAUCCGCUUUAACUCCGAGAGUCAGGCUGAGGCACAUUAUAAAGGGAACCGACAUGCUCGGAGAGUGAAGGGAAUCGAGAAUGCAAAGACCAGACAGAAGGAGGGAGCCCAAGAUGGAGACAGAAACACCCUUCUAAUCAGCCCUGUGCCCAGUGUCAGUGAGAGUGACACAGACCUCAAAGAUCAUCAGGGAAUUGACAGCACAGACCUGUGUUCAUCUGAGAUUCCAGAGACAAUGAUCACCCAUCAAACCGUUGUCCCUGCCAUAUCUGGAUUCCUGGAAUCCACAUCUGAGGAAAUGGGAGAAGCAAAACCUCUUUCCUUUUCUGAUCCUGCCAGCAGCGGAACAAGCACAUCAACUACAGAGGGUGACGAUGAUAAAGCAAAGAAAUUACUGUACUGUGCCCUCUGCAAAGUUUCUGUAAACUCACUAUCACAACUGGAGGCCCACAACAAAGGUACUAAGCACAAAACUAUCCUUGAAGCUCGAAGUGGUCUGGGCCCAAUAAAGGCCUAUCCUCGGCUUGGAGGGUUAAACAGUGGGUCAACAGGAACGGUGGAUUCCAACACCCAAGAGAGGACUUUUCACUGUGAGAUCUGUAAUGUCAGGGUCAGUUCAGAAGGCCAGCUUAAGCAGCACAUCUCAAGCCGCAGACAUCGUGAUGGAGUGUCAGGGAAACCCAACCCGCUACUGAGCCGGCACAAGAAACAACAAACCCUUCAGGAACUUACGGCAAGUCUGGUGUUUUCGAAGGACCUUUCAAAAAACCUUUCUGCAGGACUUCUUCCCAGUCCACUUGCAGUUGCGAUGGCAGCUGCUGCUGUGUCUUCUCCUCUAAAUUUACGUCCAGGUGCAACUCCUCCGCUUCUUCAAGCUCCACACUUGACACACCAUAUGCUUCGACCAGCUCCUGGGCCCAUCAGAACUGCACAUGGCACUAUACUUUUUUCCCCUUAUUGAGGAG